CCGAACAGCGGUGGUUUUCCGUCGGUGGGGGUGUUCUGGGGAGCAGUUUUUUUCCUGGUGAGAUGGUGAUGCUCUCCUCCGUUCACUGGGAAUGUAUUGACUGAGGAUCCGACUCUCAGCCCUCCAGCUGGACCCUGCUGCUGCUGCUGCGCUCACUGUGGGGUUUAAACCAGGACACAAACACACCUGACGGCCCAGCUCUUCCUCCUCCCGAUAACACCAUGAGGGUCUUCCUCCUGCUUUGCCUGCUGGCGCUAGGCAACGCCAAACCCUACCAGUCGAUCAAUGUCAUGGACUUCAUGAGAAACUAUGACAUCAUGAUGGCCGAUUCGAGCCACGAGGAAGAUGAAGACGAUGAGGACGAUGACAAUAAGGUCGAUGACAAAGACGUCAAUGUCAAAGAAGUCGAUGAUGAUGAAGAUGAAGAUUACGACGACAACUGUCCGGCCGGCUGUCAAUGCUCACCCCGAGUGGUGCAAUGCUCCGACAAGGGUGAGAUCUCUGUUCCCCAGAAGAUUCCCGAAGACACCGUGAUACUAGACCUCCAAAACAACGACAUCACGGAGAUCAAGGAGAACGACUUUAAAGGCCUCAAUAAGCUUUAUGGCCUGUUUCUGAUCCACAACAAGAUCUCCAAGAUUCACCCCAAGGCCUUCAGAAACAUGGACCACCUCCGCCUGCUGUACCUCUCCUACAACCUGCUCACCGAGAUCCCCGCCAACCUGCCUCCCAACGUCAUCGAGCUCCGCUUCCACGAAAACAAGAUCCACAGGAUCCAGAAGGAUGCCUUCAAAGGCCUGAUGAAACUGCACGUGCUGGAGCUGGGCGCCAACCCUCUGGCCAACAGUGGGAUUGGACUGGGAGCUUUUAACGGCUUGUCGACCCUGUAUGUCGGAAUAUCAGAGGCCAAACUAACCGCCGUGCCAAAAGACCUCCCAACCUCCAUCACAGAGCUGAGCCUGGACUACAACAAGAUCGCCAAGGUGGAAAUAGAAGACUUCAUCAGAUAUAAAAACCUGAAGAGGCUAGGACUCGGCUUUAACCAGAUCAAGUAUGUAGAAAACGGCAGCUUCGCCAGCAUCCCGAACGUCCGUCAGAUCAACCUGGAUAACAACCGUCUGAAAAAGGUCCCACCGAACCUCAACUCCCUGCGCUCCCUCCAGGUGAUUUAUCUCCACGGCAACAAAAUCAGCAGCGUGGGAGUCAACGACUUCUGCCCCAUCCCGCCCAGUGGGAAGAAGAACCUGUACACUGGCAUCAGCCUGUUCGCCAACCCCGUGAAGUACUGGGACAUCCAGCCGGCCACCUUCCGCUGCGUGACCGGGCGGAGAGGCGUCCAGCUCGGAAACUUCAGGAAGUAGGCGGCGAGGAAGGAAAGCCGAUAAUCCUCGUAAGGGUGUAAGGGAAGGAGUUGAAAAUAAUUUUGAUAAGUAAAACAAGAUGAAACUGGAUUUCAGGAAAAGAGAGAAAUUACCUUAUAUUGAUGUGUAUUAGAAAGUGUAGCACAUGUUGUUGAAUGCAGGUACAAUUUACAGAUUAGAAACAGACUAAUGUUGUAUGUUGGUGCUGAGAGGGCAGUUUACAGGGGGUGGACAUAAUAACAUGAACCUCUGUAGAUCAUAAUGAAGUUCAAGUGUCUGCGAGGUUGUCCUCAGCUUUUGCUGUGUAAACUUUCCCAUGAAUAAAGCGCCUCCUACUGGUCACGUUAAGCAAAACCACCAAAUGACCCGAUUUAUUUCUAGUUUAGUCUUUUAAUGAGAUAUUGUGUAGAAACCUUUCUGAGUUUAAGUUUUCUUCUAAACAACAACAAACUAAAUGCUUUUUUUUAAUCACAUACUAUAUUUGCCUUUUUUGUUUUAAAGUUGAGAGUGAUCAUUAUAAAAGAGUCACGAUACGGCUGUUUCCCUUCCAGCUCAAGUCUGUACAUUCAAUGAAUGGAGCUGGCAUUAUUUAGUGCAAUAAGUCCCUUUGAAGCCCCGUAUUCGUCUUUAUGUGUGUUGGGUUAUAUUAUCUCCCCAUCUGUAUGUCUUUAUUUAGUAAACUACAUGUCAGAGUGGAUUAUACAUUGUACUUGAUAUAAACUCAAAACAUGACUUUGUUUUAAUGAACUAUAGCAACUUAGUGAACUAUUACAAAUUAUAGUCAGGUUAUGAAAUGCCCAAUCUUGGACGUCUAAGAGCUCCUUCUCCAGUGCUCUCUCCUCUGAAAUGGUGCUAUAUUUAUUUAGUUUGUCUUUAAAUAAACCCGGAACACCUCCGCAUGUAUGUUGUUACUUUUUGUCAAAAUUAAAUUGGGGUUGAUUUGUAAAGUUAACAUUGGAUUUUUGUUAUUUGGGCUCUGAUUGUCAUAUCUUGUGAUUUAAGGCUACUUGAAUACAUUUGACUCUACAUGUGAGACAAAGCUUGGAUAAAAUAAAGUAUCUUCAAAGAUCAA